AUGGAGUUCAAGGACACCAUCACCCACCAUGAAGGCCCUGUUGGUCCUGGCGCCCACAAGGAGAUAUUGGGCGCAACCAGGGAGACUCUCGUUAUCGACAACGCCCUUGCAAAACGCGUGGUGCGCAAAUACGACUUGCGCAUCCUUCCGGUUUUCCUUCUCAUCAACCUCUUCAGCUUCAUAGACCGAGUCAACAUCGGCAAUGCCAGGAUCUUGGGACUGCAGACUGACCUGGCGCUAGACGUCGGACUUCGCUACAACAUCGCGUUGAUGUGUUUAUUCGUUUCAUAUUGCGUGGUGGAGCUGCCGUCUAACAUUGUCUGCAAGAAGGUUGGGGGCCACAUCUGGAUUCCGUUCCUGGUGUUUCUCUUCUCGGUGCUCACCAUUUGCACCUCGGUUGUCGAGAACAGGGACAGCCUUUAUGCCCUACGCUUUCUCCUAGGUUGUGUCGAAGGCGGCAUAUCGCCCGGCCUGGUUUGGCUCCUCUCGCAAUUUUACCGCAGAGACGAGCUCGGAUUCCGGACCAGUAUCUAUAUCUCCGCCGCGAGUGCCAGUGGCGCCUUUGGUGGUCUUCUGGCCAUCGGGUUAAGCAGCAUCCCGAGAUGGGGCCUCAUUCAC